AAACAACCAAGCCCAGCUGCCGGUGACAUUUUCCCUUGAGAAAACCGAUAAGAAGCUUGGAUUUUCCCCUUAUUUUCUUGUUUAAUAACCAGAUUUAAGCUUGGAAAUCUUCCCCUUUGCAGCAGAAAUCCCGGAUCUGCUCUCCUUUGUCUUCACCGUCAACUGCUCUUCCUUGCUUGUGGGUGCGAAUUGCUUUGAUUUUUGAUUGCGUGAUUUUUCUCCUGCACUUGCCGCCGACCUUCCCCCAACUGCAGCUCCGGUUUUUGGCUGCUAAAUUCUAGUAUGUGGCAACUUCUCUAAGUCCAAAAUUUACCCAUUUAACUGCUGAAAUUAGCCAUUUAUUUGCUGCCUUGUAUGUCCGAAAUUUGCUGAGAAAUGGGGAUGAAUUCUGGUAGCUUUAGGAUAAAGUUUAAGCAUUGAUUCAAGUGGGAUUUAUGUGAUUGAGUGUUAAUUGACUGCUAUGAGAUUUUUGGAGAACAAUCCCGUGAAAUUAGCUAGUGUUUUGGCCAAUAUUGGAAGUGCAGUUACUUUUCACAGUGCGGUAUUAAUUUUGGGAUAUUUUGAUUAGGUUCUUGAUCGUUCUGUCAGUUUAGCAUUGAGAUCGAGUCUUCGGUUUUAUGCGAGUGAGGUAAGUAAAUUUAUGGUAAUGCCUACACAGUUUUUGUUUUGACUUGUUUUUAAAGUGAUGGCGAGACUAAACCCGUUUUAUGCAAAAGUAAGUAUGACUGAUUUGAAGUGAAAUUUUUAUGCCUUUUCAUUAAAUUGAGCAUGCCUACUUGAAAUUUAAUUGAUUGUCCUGAUGAUUUGAAAGUGAUUGGUGAAUUAUGAUUUUUCUGUUAACUUCUGCCUAUUUUAUCUCCGAUGUGGUCAUGUUAUUAGUGACCCUGCUAGUGGGGGUUAAACGCUAGCACAUGUCGACAUGUUUACUGAUAUGGCCGUUAAAUUCUGACGCUUGCUAAUGGGCGAACACAUUGGUAAAUUCUGACGCUUGCCAGUGGGUGUUAUACGCUGGCCAUGACUUAUAGAGGAGAUGUCUAUUUUGUUCCCGUACUGUAUCCGUUUUUCGUGAUUAUACUUGUUGGUAUGCUAUAAGUUUAAUAAGGGGCACUCUAUAUUUUACUUACUAAGUUUAUCUCAUAGUUUUUCCUUGUCCACCAUUUGAGGAAGCGAAACCGAGGACGGGGAAACCAUGGGAAGUGACGAGUUAGAAGGCUAGCCACUUCGAGAUUGAUAUAGAUUUUAGAUAUAAAUUAUGAUCUUGUAA